CAAGCCUCGCCUUUCGCUGGCGGAGAGUCGCGCGGUGCGCCCCGCGCUCCCCUAGCCUCCGACGCCGCCGCCGGAGCCCUAGGAGCGCGCGAGGCCCCGCGCACUCCGCGCUCCAGCCGGGCUCAGGCGCGGACUGGGCGGGCGCCGGGGCGGGCCCGCGUCCUCGAAGGUUUGAAUGUUAGGAUCCAGAUCGCCGGCGACGGCGGCGAGCAGAUCCUGAAGCCAGAACUCCUCCUGGGCCCCCGCGCCCGCGACAUGCGGCGGGAGAGGUGCGGCGGCCCCCUCCCGCGUCCCCGCCAUGGAGGUGCUGCGGCGCUCUUCGGUUUUUGCCGCCGAGAUCAUGGACGCCUUUGACCGCUCGCCCACCGACAAGGAGCUGGUGGCCCAAGCUAAGGCGCUCGGCCGGGAGUUCGUGCACGCUCGGCUCCUGCGCGCCGGCCUCUCCUGGAGCGCGCCCGAGCGCGCCGCGCUCGCCCCGGGAGGUCGCCUCGCAGAGGUGUGCACGGUGCUGCUGCGACUGGGGGACGAGCUGGAGCUGAUUCGGCCCAGCAUCUACCGCAACGUGGCGCGCCAGCUCAACAUCUCCCUGCACUCCGAGAGCGUGGUGACCGACGCCUUCCUGGCUGUGGCCGCCCAGAUCUUUGCUGCAGCUUGGUGGUCUGGGAAGGCCCUUCCUCCCAUGGAACACCCUGCUGCCCUGCAGAGAAGGUGCUCGGGGACAGACAGGCAUCACGUGGGGCAAGGUGGUGUCCCUGUACUUGGUGGCUGCAGGGCUGGCUGUGGACUGUGUGCGGCAGGCCCAGCCCGCCAUGGUUCAUGCUCUCGUCGAUUGCCUCGGGGAAUUUGUGCGCAAGACCCUGGCAACCUGGCUGCGGAGACGCGGUGGAUGGACCGACGUCCUCAAGUGUGUGGUCAGCAGCAACCCUGGCUUCCACUCCCAUUGGCUUGUGACUGCACUCUGCAGCUUCGGCCGCUUCCUGAAGGCUGCCUUCUUUGUGCUGUUGCCAGAAAGAUGAACCUGGCCCUGGAACCAGGAGGCUCUGGGCCGAGGCACUGCCCUCCUCCCGCAGAGCCCCUCCUCCCGCGAGCCCCUUCUCUGUCACCCAGACCCUCGGGAAGUGGGAACGCAGGCUCCCCUGGGCCUGGAGCUGGCCUUCAGUGCCCACCUGUGGCCCUGCUCCAUUGUGCCUCUUGUGGAGCCAGAAGGUCAGGGUGACCUCCCGGGCCCAAAAGGAAGGCAGCUGGGAACACCAAACUCUCACUUGACACCGGGGUCCCAUCCACGAAGGGUGACCAUGUCAGGACAUUGGACCUGAAGGUGACUUGGGCCUGGCCAAGGCUAGAGGAGCCGUGGGAUCUUACCGACCCCACAGAGCAUAAGGCUCAUGUGCUGUUGCUUAAUCCAUCCCUAGCGAGAGAGCGCGCCCACCUGUGGCAGGGACCGGGAUUGGGCUCCAGGCCGGCACCCCUGAUCUGUGAAUGCACCAACUCUUGACCUACGAGGACGGGGUGUGUGUUCGAUUCCAAUAAAGUGUCAUAGCAGUGGAAGGCGA